UUCUGACAAGAUACCAUGAGCCAUCUGCAGCUGGUGGUACGUAGUGAACGGGGUAUUAUCGAUUAACAUGAACACCGCCUAUUUCCGAAGUUAAUUAGAAUACAGACUGCUUUCUUCUCUCCUCCCACUCUACCCUCCCAUCACGUGCAGAAAGCAAUCUGGAAAUACAGUACACCUACUGACGCAGCAACUGCUGACUGCUACUAUUUACACGUGUACAUGCCACGUUGCCGUGAUUGUAGUGGCAUGUGAUGUCCUACACGUAACAGAGUCACAGAACGUUUCUGUCAUUUCGCAGCGCUUGCAGCGUGAUGGGGAUAUCAGUAGGAAGACUUUUCCGCAAAUGGACACACAAGAAAGAAUACAGCAAACGACGCUUACAAGUUUCGUUUACUCCUGCAGGUUUAGAUGCUGCGGGCAAAACAACAGUGCUCUACAAACUGAAACUUGGUGAGGUUGUGACCACCAUUCCAACUAUAGGUUUCAAUGUAGAAACAGUCCAGUACAAAAAUAUCAACUUCACAUCUUGGGAUGUAGGAGGACGUGACAAAAUUCGUCCUCUGUGGAGGCACUACUUUCAACAAACAGAUGCAGUUGUGUUUGUUGUGGACAGUAACGAUAGAGAACGUUUGCCAGACUCUAGAGAAGAAUUGCAUAUGCUGCUGAAAGAGGAACAAUUAGAAAAUGCCUUGAUCCUUGUUGUUGCUAACAAACAAGAUCUACCCAAUGCUUUGUCUGUAAAUGAAAUCCAGAAAGAGCUUGGACUGGACAAGCUGUCAAGCCACACUUGGUUUAUUCAAGGUGCUGUUGCAACUGCUGGGUAUGGACUAUAUGAAGGCCUCGAUUGGCUGGUUAGCCAGCUAGGAUAUCGAGCCGUCAAAAAGUCUGUCCUAGAGCCAGUGACAGAAACAGUAAGCGGAGCAAAAGAGGAAGGCUGGAAGUGCUUCUCGUAUCUCAAAAAUGUUUCUUCAAAAUUGAUAAAAAUGCUACCAGAAGCCAUGAUAAAGUGAACGCAAAGACAAUGUAAAACAUUUUGAUUUUUGCUUUUCAGGAUAGUACACACAAUAUAAUACAUUUCUACUGCA